AUGCGGGGAAUUCAAAUCACAGAAUAUGUCAAGGGACCUCAAGAUCUCAAAAUCACAGAUCUACCAGAUCCAGUGCCAAAUCCUGAUCAAUAUUUAAUCGAAAUCCAUGCCACUGCUACCAAUUUCUUUGAUCUCCUUCAAAUCCAGGGAAAAUAUCAGCAUCAACCUCCUUUACCUUGGAUAUCCGGCUCAGAAUUCAGCGGAGUCGUCCUAUCGACUCCUAAAUCUUCCUCUUCACCCAAAUACAAACCAGGAGAUCGCGUGUUUGGAGCUUCUCAAGGCGGCUACGCAACCCACGUUUGCGCCCAGGAAGCCUCACUCUAUCCCGUACCAGAAUCCUGGUCCUUCUUCGAAGCCGCUGGUCUUUUCGUCACAGCACCCACCUCCUACAGCGCCCUAGUAACUCGCGCCAACAUUAGAUCCGGCGACUAUGUCCUCGUCCAUGCAGCAGCUGGUGGAGUAGGUCUCGCCGCCGUUCAAAUCGCCAAAGCGUUCGGCGCAACCGUCAUAGCUACAGCUGGAACAAAGCGAAAACUCGAAGUAGCCCGCGAAUUUGGCGCAGAUCAUGCUAUCGAUUACACAGAAGCCUCCUGGCCUGAUCAAGUGAAAAAAUUAACUCCAAAUAAUAGAGGUGUAGAUAUUGUGUUCGAUCCCGUAGGUUUAAUCGAUAAAUCUACAAAAUGCAUACGAUGGAAUGGACGAAUUCUCGUAAUAGGAUUCGCGGCGGGAAAUAUCGAGAAGGUGCCAAUGAAUAAGGUGUUAUUGAAAAAUAUUAGUAUUGUGGGAUUACACUGGGGAGCAUAUGUGCAGAAUGAACCUGAGAGAAUCCAGGAGGUCUGGGAUGGUAUUUUCAAAUUGAUCAAGGAGGGUAAGUUCAAAGGAACGGUUUUCAAGGAUAGAGAGUUUCAGGGACUGGAGGAUGUACCACAGGCAUUGGAGAGUCUAGGAAGCAGAGGAACCUGGGGAAAGGUGGUUGUUAAAGUGGAUCAGAAGGAGAAGGCGGGGAGGAGUAAGAUUUAG